AUGUCCGCCCCCGAACAGGCCGAGUUCACCUUCCUGUCACUCGGCGCCAUCAUCCAAGAGUUCCGCGUCGGCGGCCAGAACAUUGUGCUCGGCUUCCCCACACAGGAUGACUACGUCAAGCAUAAUACCCCGCACUACGGCGCGACCAUUGGCCGCGUCGCCAACCGCAUCAAGGGCGGGCUCAUCAAGGAGCUGAACGGGCAGCCAGUCCAGCUGGUGAAGAACAACGGACCGAAUGCCCUGCACGGCGGCCCGACCGGCUGGGGCAAGCGCAUCUUCGACGGUCCGCACACGGUCCAACGACAUGGGCGCGAUGCCCUGUUGUUCAAGUACCGCUCCGCCAAUGGCGAGGAGGGGUACCCGGGCACGGUCGAGGUGCGCGUGUGGUAUACGGCCCGCAAGGAGGAGGAGGCCAAGACCGUGCUGACGGCAGAGUAUGAGGUGGAGUUUGUGGGCGAUGAGGCCGAGGAGACCGUCGUCAAUAUCACGAACCACAGCUACUUCAACAUUGGCGACGGCCCCACCAUCACCGGCACCAGCGCCCAGCUCGCGACCGCCGACUACCUCCCGCUCGACGAGACGGGCAUCCCCACCGGCACCAUCGACAAAUUCCCACGCGACGUGACGAACCCGUUUGUGCUCGCCGCGACCGGCCCCCACAUCGACGACGUCUUCGUGAUGGACACCGAGCCCGCCAAGAUCCCGCUUGACACGCGCAACCUGCCGCUGCGCCGGCUGGCGCAAUUCAACCACCGCAGCACCGGCGUGCACCUAGAGGUGCACAGCACCGAGCCGGCCUUCCAGUUCUACACCGGCAAGUACAUCAAUGUCCCGGAGCUCAAUGGCGCGCCAGCGCACAGUCAAGGCGCAGGGUUCUGUGUGGAACCCAGCCGCUAUGUGAACGCGAUUAAUGAGCCCGAGUGGCGGAACAUGGUGCUCUUGAAAAAGGGACAGGUCUUUGGUUGUACGAAUGUGUACAAGGCAUGGAAGGAGUGA